AUGGCCCUACACAAGAACACGGACAGAGGGUAUGCGUGGGUGGUCCUGGUCAGCAGUUGGCUACAACUGGUCAUCUGUAGCAUCGUUUACUAUUCACCAGCCGUGGUCACCAUAGGCCUACUGGAGACGAUGAAGGAAGGCGUUUUCAAGACAUCGUGGGUGGGGUCCACCUUGUAUGGGACGUAUAUGUUUACAGCCCCCCUGACCAGCUGUUUUACGAAUGUCUUAGGGUGCCGCAUUGCGGGAAUUGUUGGGGGCCUUCUGACUCUGGUGGGCAUGAUGGCUGCUUUCUUCGCCAAGUCGGUAAACGGGGUGAUUGUGUCUUAUGGACUGUUUGCAGCAAUAGGAUCUGCGUUGAUGGACGUGUCCUCAGCGGUGAUCAUUUGUCACUAUUUCGACAAAUACCUUCCCCUUGCCUCGGGUCUUCAGAUGUCAGGAGGAGGGGCCGGGCUGCUCAUGGGUGCUCCUAUAGCGAGAGCCCUCCUUGACACGUUCGGACUGAGCGGGACGUUUCUUGUACUUGGAGGAAUAGGAGCUAAUGCGUGUGUGUGUAGUAUGUUGUUCAGACCUUCGCCGCAUGAGCAACAUACAGGAACAAAGUCGAAGGAGACGUCGGGAGACGUCACCCGAAAUCUUGUGGAUCAAGAAGUAGACGUGCAGUCAGAAGUCAGAAUAAGCUACGUACAACGUUUACGUUCAACAGUCAGAGACACGUGGUCACUUGUGUUUAAUUUGAGCUUUAUGCUGUACGUUCUUUCCUAUACAUUUUGGGGAUUUGGAGAAUCAAUCAUCUAUGUACAUUUAACUAACUUUGCGGAGUCUAAAGGAACUAGCCCACAGAAUUCAGCCAUGUUGUUCACAGCCAUAGGAAUCACUAGUAUAAUAGCGCGGGUGUUGGCAGGGUUUGCUGGUACCGAUCCAGCAAUAGGCGUCUUCAUGCUACACACGGGUAUGGUAGGUGUAGCCGGUGUCCUGCUAAUGCUGUGCCCCCUUCUCUCGAGUUCCUUGACGCGACAGUUUGUGUUUAGUAGUUUGUACGGCAUCUUCAGUGGUGGGCCGAUAGCGCUAGUGAAACCUAUCAUUGUUGACCUGGUGGGCAUCAAACAACUGGCGACCGGAUAUGGAGUGGUAAAUUUCAUCGGUGGCCUCGGAUUACUUCUCGGACCUCCUUUUGCAGUGAUCUUACAUGGAUAG